AUGGAACCGCCUGCAAAACGAAAGAAAAUACGAAAAAAUGGAAGAAAACGAAAGGCAGAGGAGGAAAAUCAGAUCGAAACAACUGGCUGGUUCGAUCUUCCCUUCGAGCUCAGAAUUAUCAUCAUCGAGAUUAUGCCUGAUACAACAAUAUACAAAUUUGCGCAAUGUUCGAAAUUAUGCUAUGAAGAAGCGAUUUCAUCGAAAAAUUAUUGUGAUACUAUGAGAAUUGUUGAGAGAAGAGAUGGAGGUUUGAAUUCAUACGAGAUACAAUUUGCCAAAAGUUGGAUUAUGUGGUUGUUUCAGUUUAGGGAUGACUUUCGAGGAGGAACAAUUGUUAAAUCUUUAAAGUGAGUUGAUUGAACUGUUGAACAGUUAAGAAAGACAAAUUUUCAUACAGAAACGUUAUGACGCUAUGUGAUGAAACGAAUUGGCAAGUUAAGGAAGAUGGACAAUUAUUCGAUGUAAUUGCCAAAUAUGCGAACGAAUAUAUUCUGAAAUUCGGGAGGAAUUUGAAGAAGUUUGAAUUGUACUUGGUAAACUUUUUUUUUUUCAAAAUCGAACUCAGUAAAAUGAAUGUUCAGGGUUGCAAAGCUAAAUCACACCUUAUUCGCAAGAUUCAACUUCGGAAUAUGAAAAAGAUAGAAAAACUUAGUGUUUCUCAAACUCCACGUCAAGUCUGCAUGUUGAAAUACAAAUUCGUGGAUUUCGAUCAAAUCAAACACGUCAAAUCGGAACUAAAAUUACCAGCAACUGUUUUGAGUUUUGACCAAUUGAUUCAGUUGAAAGCUGAACGUAUUCAUAUUUAUGUGAUGGAUUUGACGCCAAAAGAUAUUAAUCAAUAUAUUAAAUAUUGGCGAGAUGGAAAAUUGAGCGCGAAUUUGAAAAGUGUUUCGAUACACGGAGGAUUUAGUGAGAAAAAUAAGAAGAGAAAAGAUGUUGAAGUCGAUUUAGAAGGGCUAGAAUUGGAAAAAUGCCUAAAACCGUAAGAUUUUCACUAAACUCAAUCCACAAAUAAAUUUUUUCAGUUUUCGUGAAGAAACAUACAUUUCAAACUACAACAAAACUCAAAAAAGCUCGAUUGCGAUUGGAUGA